ACAUAUAUUACCCUUGACGAACGUCGGACAGUCCAUAGUGAAGUUGCAAAUAACCAACAUCAAGAGAGGAAAGUCAUAUUAAAAAUCCCCUAACAACUCCAUUUUUUACAGUAGAAAUAAUAAAUUGAAAUAGGCGAUCGACUAUGCCUCAUGAAAAACAAGACAGAGACACGGAGGAAAUUGAAGAUGAAAGCAAGAAUAUCAUUCUUGGGAUUGUGUCUCAAUUGAGACCGAACAUGGACCUGUCAAAAGUAACGCUUCCUACAUUUGUUUUGGAACCAAAGUCGAUGUUGGAGCGAAUUACAAACUUUAUGAGUCAUCCAGAAUUUCUUCUUACAGUUCCUCAGGUUCCUUCUGCUGAAGAAAGAUUUUUAGACGUGUGCCGAUUUUACCUUUCAGGGUGGCAUAUUCGUCCUCCAGGUGUGAAAAAACCACUGAACCCGGUUCUGGGAGAGACAUUUACAGGAUUUUGGAAGUUUCCUCCCGCUGGCCCCUCAAGUCCCGGAUUGGAAAACUUGAAUGGUACCGCUGUGUAUAUUUCCGAACAAGUGAGCCAUCACCCACCCAUUAGUGCUUAUUUUUAUUAUUGCCCGCAAUACAAAAUUCGCGUUGACGGUGUGCUAAAACCCAGAUCGCGGUUCUUGGGCAAUUCUGCGGCAAGUAUAAUGGAAGGAGUUGCUACGAUGAAGUUUUUAGAACGGAACGAGGAAUACAUCCUAACCCAGCCUAAUAUGUAUGCUCGUGGCAUUUUGUUUGGCAAAAUGCGUAUAGAAUUAGGAGACCACGUUACCGUACGUUGCCCAAAUACGGAUUUGGCAGCUGAUAUUGAAUUCAAAGUAAAAGGUUUCAUUAGUGGAACGUACAACUCUAUUGCAGGAAAAGUAAAGCGUAUAAGCACAGGUGAGGUGUUGUACAAACUCUCCGGAAAAUGGGAUUCUGAAAUAAUUUUAGAAAAUGCUAGCACUGGGAAGUCAUCUACAUUUUUGGAUGUCACGGAAUUACCCGUUUAUCCUAUUACAUCUCGGCCCUUGGAAGAGCAGGCACCUUACGAGUCACAAAAAUUGUGGUAUGAAACUUGCGAAGGCGUUAAAGCUCGUGACCAAUCACUCGCGACAAAAUCAAAGACUGCAAUUGAAGAUAGUCAACGCGAGAAGGCUAAGGCUCGGGAAGCUAACGGUGAAAAAUGGCAGCCCAGAUUUUUCAAGCAAACUGGACCUGAGGAAUAUCUGCUAAAUAUGGAUAUACCGUACAAUGCUCCUGACGCUGAAGUGCUUAGUAGAUUAGACAGUUUUAUACCCAUUUUCAGCCAAAGAGAUCGUUCACACUUUCGGAACCUCGUCGGUGGAGGUGCAGAACCUCAGCCGUCAAUGCAAGGACCAGAUCCUCGCAAGCAAGUUAAUAACACAGGCUUGAAUGGAACUCGUCCUCCAAAUUCUCGUGAAAGACCUAACCCAGCUUCCUCUAGUUUCGUAACUUAUCGAAGUGAUAAUGGAUCUGUGGACGAAUACCACGAUGCACAAAUGCCGGAUCAAAAAACUCUUUCACAAUUAGAGGAAAAUUAAUUUGGGUUAUAUAUAUUGGAGAAAGGAAUGCUUAAAAGUAAGCGUUUUCGGGUUUGGGUUCUUUUUCUUAGGGGUAUCUAUUUGUAAUUUCGCUUUAACCAUGCCAUUUAGUGGUGGAAUCCAAACCAAGCAAGUAUAUACCUUCACGAAAAGGAUUGGAGUUUUUUAUUGCUUGUUUUGACAGCUGGUUGAUGCUGAAGUAUGUAGUUAAGUCUUUGUUUUUAAGAAUACCUCUAUAAAUUGACUUAUAAUCUAGGAAAGUUUUCUGGUCAGGUUACGAAUAUUUAAUGCCACAGGAUUUGUAUGAACGUUUUAAUACAACUUAUUACUUUAUUUUUUUUUCUUUCUCUCUUCUUUCUCUUUUCUUCAUCUAUCAUUAUUGAUACAAUGAAGUUGUGUAUGCUUGUCUCACAUGUUUGAUUCUAGUAAUCGCGCUACUAAAAGAUGUCCGUUUAGUUUCGCAGUAUUUCUUCAAGAGUAUUGAUCUAAGUAUGGUGUACUUGGCUUUUAUUCGGUUUAUAUAUGUUGUUUCUAUUGCUUGUAACGAAGUGUUCCCGUCGAAAAAUGAUUUCGCAUUGACGAGACGAACGUCAGUAUUCAAAGUCAAAGUGAAUGAGGUUUGAAAAAUGAAAUAGCACAUGAAAAUUAAAAGAGAGAGCAAGAUAAUACAAUUACAACUAUUACUACUAGAAAAAGCUAUGACUUCUUAUAAUUUUUUAGUUUUUAUUUUGAUAGCUCAUUUAUUUAUUUACGAAUGUAGUGCAGUGGAAGGCAACUUUUGACCAGACAUGAAUGAGCCGAAUGUAAAGUGGGAUAUACGGACAAAAUAAAA